UUGAUUCGGGUUUGCCUUGCCACCCUCGUUUUUUAUGCUAUUGUAAGAAUUGUUUGAGCUGAAUUUACAUGAUUUUAUUUAAUCUUACAGUUUGCUUGUCAGCCUUUUUGCUAUAAAAAUGUUCUUGGAAGAAUUGUUUGAGUUGAAUUUACAUAAUUUUUUAAUUACCUUUAUUUGGCAUUUUUUUUACAAGUAUCCUCAUAACAUAACUUCUCUCUGGUAAUUCCAGUGAAAUAGAAACUCGCAGCUGUUUGUGUACACCACAAAAUUGUAUAAUAUGGCAAUCGAGACCGAUGGAACAAAUGGCUCUCUUAUUUUGUUGAAGCAAGGAGCUGAAGCUAGAAUUUUUGAAUCAGCUUUUGUGGGAAGGAGGUCGAUUAUCAAGGAACGCUUUUCAAAGAAGUAUAGGCAUCCAUCUUUGGAUUUAAAACUUAAUCUCAAAUGCUUGAAUGCAGUUAGUUUCUUUUUCUUUUCUCUCUCUUAUUAUUCUCAGUGUACUACUCUCUUUCGUGUUGUUCGGAUCGCCUGAGCAUCACAAAGCUCUUGCGAAUCAGUACUCGGAGUUCAACCAGUGCGUUGAACGAAGCCUUGAGGCUUAUGAACGGGGCUCUGGAUUUGUAUGAGAAGGGACUGCACGCAGCGAGAACAAGGGAAUGCAUGCUCGAGCUUAAGGAAUUGAAAUCGAAGACUCUCUGAUUCAUCUCAGCAGUUCAUCUGCAGAUGGGUGAGUUUGAGAGUGUUAUUAAGUGUGUGAAGGUGUUGAGAGAAGGUGACAAUGAGGACCGUCAUCCUAGCUUGCCUGUGCUUGCCUUGAAGGCGUGGUUGGGUUUGCUAAGGUUUGCUGAGGCAGAGAAAGAGCUGAGGGGAAUGGUGGUGAAUAAGGGGAUUCCGGAGAGCGUUUGGGUAUCUUCUGUGGAGGCUUACUUUCAGGCUGCGGCAUUAACUCAAACAGAGAGAGCUCUCUCUCUGUUUGAGUUAAUGCCUCAAUGGUUAAUUGAGUGCUUAGUGUCUGUCCAGAUUCAAAAGUAUUUCCUUCUUCUCCUCUCUCCAUAGAUUUGCUCUCAGGUCUCAAUUCCAUCUCACUGUAAUGCAAUUUUUAAUAAUCUCACUUUCAUAUUUAUAAUGUUUAGAUUUAAUUAACUAACACUAAAACUCUCUUUCUUUAUCAUCGUCUUCUCCUCUUCUUUCUCAAUCAAGGUCAAUCCUGAAGCCUCCACUCCAAUUUACUCGCUCCGUGGCCUCGACAACUUCAAGUUCUUCUCAUUGUCUUUCUACUGGUACUGGUAAGAGUACUCUGUCUUCAUUGUCUUUUUACUUCUCAACACCUUAUCGUCUUUUUACUCGUAUAAUAUGAGUAAACAAUUUAUAAUAAUGGAUUUUUGUUCUUUUUUUA